CUUGACGUGUACGUCUAAAAUGUUAACUAUAUUACCUAGAUAUAUGACUCAGUAGUGGGUAUUUUACACGUCAUUGUAAAUCUAUCAAUGAUGUUUAUAUUCAUUCGACUGAGAACGUGAUACGAAAAAUAACAAUUUUCGUGGGUGUUCCAGCGGAACGGUUUUAGUUUUCUGCCGUUUCCCUUCGGAGCUAUAUGUUGAAAGACAAAGCAAAGGGAAGGCGUGAAUUUCAUGUGAUGACUGAGUAAAUACUGGUAAACGCAGAACAAGAAAACAGUACAGGCGAUUUGUUAUUGCUCACGAAUAAAACGACGGGAAAAUGUCGAUUUUCACGCCCACAAACCAGAUUCGGCUCACGAAUGUGGCCGUUGUGCGGAUGAAAAAAGGAGGAAAAAGAUUUGAGAUCGCCUGCUACAAAAAUAAAGUGAUGAGCUGGAGAUCGGGAGCAGAGAAGGAUCUUGACGAAGUUCUGCAGACGAGUACAGUUUUCGUUAAUGUGUCCAAGGGUCAGGUGGCAAAGAAGGAAGAUCUGUCAAAAGCGUUUGAAACUGAUGACCUGACAGAGAUAUGUAAACAGAUUCUGGCCAAAGGUGAGCUGCAGGUUUCAGAUAAGGAACGUCACAGUCAGCUGGAGCAGAUGUUCAGGGAUAUUGCAACUAUAGUGGCGGAGAAAUGUGUGAACCCAGAGACCAAGCGACCCUACACAGUGAUCCUGAUCGAACGAGCGAUGAAGGACAUCCACUACUCCGUCAAAGCCAACAAGAGCACCAAGCAGCAGGCCCUGGAGGUAAUUAGGCAGCUGAAAGAGUCCAUGCAGAUCCAGCGAGCUCACAUGAGGCUGCGCUUUAUCCUGCCAGCCAAGGAGGGCAAGAAGCUGAAAGAGAAACUCAAGCCCCUCAUUAAGGUGAUUGAGAGUGAAGACUUUGAUGAGCAGCUGGAAAUGGUGUGCCUGAUUGACCCGGGCUGUUUCCGAGAGAUUGACGAGCUGAUCCGCUGUGACACCAAGGGCAAAGGUACCCUGGAGGUGCUCAGUCUGAAGGACGUGGAAGAAGGAGAUGAAAAAUUUGAGUAGACAAGUCGACAACUCCAAGCCUCCAGCUCCCUUGAGCUAGAGUAGCUGUAAAAACUGAGCUCCUAUUAAACUGAAAAUAUACAGAAAUCUA